AUGCGCCUCCUUCAAGUCGAGAGCGGAAAAAUCGAGGAGUUCCUUUCCGAUGAUGACAUCCCGUCCUACGCCAUUCUCUCUCACACCUGGGGCGGGGAAGAAGUAACCCUUGCCGACUGGGAAGACAUGGAAGAAGGGAAGCUUCGGAGAAUGCAAGGAUACGCCAAGAUCCGAUACUGUCGGGAUCAAGCGAUGGAAGAUGGUCUCAAAUGGGUCUGGGUCGACACAUGUUGUAUCGACAAAAGAAGCAGCGCCGAGCUUUCCGAGGCUAUCAAUUCCAUGUUCCGCUGGUAUAGAAACGCUACAGUAUGCUAUGCAUACUUGUCUGACGUCUCUGGAAGCGACGAUAUCAAACAGAGCAUGUCUAAAAGUCGUUGGUUUACGAGAGGCUGGACCCUUCAAGAACUUCUCGCCCCAAGUCUCGUUACCUUCUACUCUAUGGAAUGGCAGAGCCUUGGAACGAAAUCUGAACUGUUGCAACUUCUUUCGUCCAUAACUCUUAUCGAGGAAGAGUUCUUGUUAAGCAAGGAUCUGCAACAUGCUAGUAUCGCAAAGAGAAUGUCGUGGGCCUCCCGCAGGGAUACAUCGAAGAUCGAAGAUAGAGCAUACUGCCUGCUAGGCAUCUUCGACAUCAAUAUGCCAUUAAUCUACGGCGAGGGUAAGAAGGCCUUCCGGCGGCUCCAAAAAGAAAUCCUGGAAGCCACACCAGAUGACCACACAUUGUUCGCCUGG